AUGAUGGUUGAGUCACGAGUGAAUUUGAGUAUCGAACUGGCACGAGUAGAUUACGUCCAGCUGCAUGAAAUAUGUAUGGAAGGAUGUAAUCUAACAACGAACAUGAUGGUCGCCAUUCUGAAAACGGGGCGUUUUUAUAGUCUCGAAACUUCUGGAAGCGUCACGAAACUCAUCGAGAGAGUUUCGUUUCCAGCAGCAUUGUCGCGAAGUAUCCUCCACAUGCAAUGGUACCACUGGAUCAAGAACGAUCAUGUGCUCAAGACGACUGGCUUGACCAAUUAUCGGAGGAACUUAGAGGCUGGCGCAAGGCUUGGGCUCUUGAAUUCUGAACCGCUGAGGUGGAAGUUAUUCUACAAAGAUGUCGACUCAACGAUCAGCGCUCACACUGAUGAUGAUGUCCUGGUAGAGACCAACCUGGCUGACAUAGUUAUUGAAUGCAAGCCUGUCAGCGAAAGAGUGGCAAUCGUCCGAUUGAAGUUGCAAUAA